CACAUGAGAUGAUGCGCUUUUAGCACCCACCUGGCACUCUGUGAGUUUGUCAUGAUUUGGGCAUAAUCCCUUCCUCUCCUAAGAAGGCAGCAAGCAGUUCACCUUGGUUAAGGACCUUAGACCUUAGACUACUCAGACGCUAACAAACCAAGGAGAAACCCAGCGUGUCAGGCCUAGAAAUGUCCGCCCCCACCCCCACCCCCCUCAAGACGGUGACUAGGCCGGAAUUCUCCCGGUUGAUAAAUGAGAGGAGCUGAGAAGCGCUGAGAUGCCUGUUCCGAGCAUCUGAUCCGCAGAAGGCGAAUCUCCACUGUGCCAUGGAGAUGUUCUGGGAGGGAGAGCCGGCCCAGCUGCCUGAAGGAGGACGCGAGAGCAAGGGGACCGGUGAGAGGAAUGCUUAGGGGAGACGGACUGGAGGUGCCCGGAGAGGAAAUCUUGAAAAGGGGAAAAGAGGCUGGAUCUCGGGAAACCUCGUUGGCGGUAUCACUAGAGGAAGGAUCGCGUGUCUCAGGGAUACGGAUUUUAGAGGAAAAGCAGAAUAGGGACAAAGGAGCAGGAAGCCACCUACCACCAUGAGCAGCACUCUGUCACCCACAGACUUUGACAGCUUGGAGAUCCAGGGCCAGUACAGUGACAUCAACAACCGCUGGGACCUUCCUGACUCGGACUGGGACAAUGACAGCAGCUCGGCCCGCCUCUUUGAGAGGUCACGCAUUAAGGCCCUGGCAGAUGAGCGAGAAGCUGUGCAGAAGAAAACCUUCACCAAGUGGGUGAACUCGCACCUGGCCCGGGUCACGUGCCGGGUGGGGGACCUGUACAGUGACCUCCGGGAUGGGCGCAACCUGCUGAGGCUCCUCGAGGUGCUCUCGGGAGAGACACUGCCAAAGCCCACAAAGGGCCGCAUGCGGAUCCACUGCCUGGAGAACGUAGACAAGGCACUGCAGUUCCUCAAGGAGCAAAAAGUGCACUUGGAAAACAUGGGCUCCCACGACAUCGUGGACGGAAACCACCGACUGACCCUUGGGCUGGUCUGGACCAUCAUCCUUCGAUUCCAGAUCCAAGACAUCAGUGUGGAGACAGAAGACAACAAGGAGAAGAAGUCAGCCAAGGAUGCUUUGCUUCUGUGGUGCCAGAUGAAGACUGCAGGGUAUCCCAAUGUCAAUGUACACAACUUCACCACCAGCUGGAGAGAUGGACUAGCCUUCAACGCCAUCGUGCAUAAACACCGGCCAGACCUGCUGGAUUUUGAGUCUCUGAAGAAGUGUAAUGCACACUACAAUCUGCAGAAUGCAUUCAAUCUAGCUGAAAAGGAGCUGGGACUUACCAAGCUGCUGGAUCCCGAAGAUGUGAAUGUGGACCAGCCAGAUGAGAAGUCAAUCAUUACCUAUGUGGCUACUUACUACCAUUACUUCUCCAAGAUGAAGGCCCUGGCAGUAGAAGGCAAGAGAAUUGGCAAGGUGCUGGACCACGCCAUGGAGGCAGAGCGCCUGGUGGAGAAGUAUGAGUCCCUGGCCUCCGAGCUGCUGCAGUGGAUCGAGCAAAUGAUUGUGACCCUCAAUGACCGGCAGCUGGCCAACUCCCUGAGUGGGGUCCAGAACCAGCUGCAGUCCUUCAAUUCCUAUCGCACUGUGGAGAAGCCACCCAAGUUUACCGAGAAAGGGAACUUGGAAGUGCUGCUCUUCACCAUCCAGAGCAAGCUCCGGGCCAACAACCAGAAGGUCUACACACCCCGUGAGGGCCGGCUCAUCUCGGACAUCAACAAGGCUUGGGAGCGGCUGGAGAAGGCGGAGCAUGAGCGCGAGCUGGCCCUGCGCACCGAGCUCAUCCGCCAGGAGAAGCUAGAGCAGCUGGCCGCCCGCUUCGACCGCAAGGCCGCUAUGCGGGAGACCUGGCUCAGUGAGAACCAGCGCCUUGUGUCCCAGGACAACUUUGGGUUGGAGCUGGCGGCUGUUGAGGCAGCAGUGCGGAAGCAUGAAGCCAUCGAGACGGACAUUGUGGCCUACAGUGGCCGGGUGCAGGCGGUGGACGCUGUGGCUGCAGAGCUGGCCGCCGAGCGCUACCAUGACAUCAAGCGCAUCUCCGCUCGGCAGCACAACGUGGCGCGGCUCUGGAACUUCUUGAGGCAGAUGGUAGCCGCCCGGCGGGAGCGGCUCCUCCUCAACCUGGAGCUGCAGAAGGUGCUCCAGGAUCUGCUCUACCUCAUGGACUGGAUGGAAGAGAUGAAGGGCCGGCUGCAGUCUCAGGACCUGGGCAAGCACCUGGCAGGAGUGGAGAACCUGUUGCAGCUUCACGAGCUGGUAGAAGCAGACAUCGCCGUGCAAGCCGAGAGGGUGCGGGCCGUCAGUGCCUCUGCCCUGCGCUUCUGCAACCCAGGGAAAGAUUAUAGACCUUGUGACCCGCAGCUGGUGUCGGAGCGGGUGGCCAAACUAGAGCAGAGCUAUGAGGCGCUGUGUGAGUUGGCAGCAGCGAGGCGGACCCGGCUGGAGGAAUCACGGCGGCUCUGGCGUUUCCUCUGGGAGGUGGGCGAGGCUGAGGCCUGGGUGCGGGAGCAGCAGCACCUCCUGGCCUCAGCCGACACGGGCCGGGACCUGACCGGCGUCCUCCGCUUGCUCAACAAGCACACAGCCCUGCGGGGUGAGAUGAGCGGCCGGCUGGGGCCCCUAAAGCUCACCCUGGAGCAGGGCCAGCAGUUGGUGGCAGAGGGUCACCCUGGAGCAAGCCAGGCCUCUGCCCGUGCAGCUGAGCUCCAAGCCCAGUGGGAGCGGCUAGAGGCCCUGGCCGAGGAGCGUGCCCAGCGGCUGGCCCAAGCUGCCAGCCUCUACCAGUUCCAGGCUGACGCAAACGACAUGGAGGCCUGGUUGGUGGAUGCCCUGCGCCUGGUGUCCAGCCCCGAGCUGGGGCACGACGAGUUCUCCACGCAGGCUCUGGCCAGGCAGCAUCGGGCCCUGGAGGAGGAGAUCCGAGGCCACCGGCCAACCCUGGACGCCUUGAGAGAACAGGCAGUAGCCCUGCCUCCUGCACUGAGCUACACGCCCGAGGUGCAGGGCCGGGUGCCCUCCCUGGAGCGGCACUACGAUGAGCUGCAGGCCCGGGCAAGAGAGCGAGCACUGGCCCUGGAGGCCGCCCUGACGCUCUACACCAUGCUCAGCGAGGCCGGGGCCUGCGGGCUCUGGGUGGAGGAGAAGGAGCAGUGGCUUAACGGGCUGGCCCUGCCUGAGCGACUGGAAGACCUGGAGGUCGUGCAGCAGAGGUUCGAGACCCUGGAGCCUGAAAUGAAUGCCCUUGCAGUGCAAAUCACUGCAGUGAAUGACACUGCCAAGCAGUUACUGAAGGCCAACCCCCCAGGCAAGGACCGCAUUGUCAACACCCAGGAACAGCUUAACCACAGGUGGCAGCAGUUUCGGUCCCUGGCAGACGGCAAGAAGGCAGCUCUGACCUCAGCCCUGAGCAUCCAGAACUACCACUUAGAGUGCACGGAGACCCAGGCCUGGAUGAGAGAGAAGACCAAGGUCAUCGAGUCCACCCAGGGCCUAGGCAACGAUCUGGCCGGGGUGCUGGCCCUGCAGCGCAAGCUGGCCGGCACAGAGCGGGACCUGGAGGCCAUCGCUGCCCGGGUGGGCGAACUAACUCGAGAGGCAAAUGCCCUGGCUGCCGGCCAUCCCGCUCAGGCAGCAGCCAUUAACGCCCGGCUCGGAGAGGUGCAGACCGGCUGGGAGGACCUCAGGGCCACCAUGCGGCGUCGAGAAGAGUCGCUGGGGGAGGCGCGGCGGCUGCAGGACUUCCUGCGAAGCUUGGAUGACUUCCAGGCCUGGCUAGGCCGCACUCAGACUGCUGUGGCCUCUGAAGAAGGGCCGGCCACCCUACCUGAAGCAGAGGCCCUCCUGGCCCAACACGCAGCCCUGCGGGGAGAGGUGGAGCGGGCCCAGAGCGAGUACAGCCGGCUGCGGGCCCUGGGCGAGGAAGUGACCCGGGACCAGGCCGAUCCCCAGUGCCUCUUCCUACGACAGCGACUGGAGGCCCUGGGAACCGGCUGGGAGGAGCUGGGCCGAAUGUGGGAGAGCCGACAAGGCCGCCUGGCCCAGGCCCACGGCUUCCAGGGAUUCCUGCGGGAUGCUCGUCAGGCUGAGGGUGUGCUCAGCAGCCAGGAAUAUGUUCUGUCUCACACGGAGAUGCCAGGGACACUCCAGGCUGCUGAUGCUGCCAUUAAAAAACUGGAGGACUUCAUGAGCACCAUGGACGCCAACGGGGAACGGAUCCGAGGGCUCCUGGAGGCUGGGCACCAGCUGGUGUCUGAAGGCAACAUCCAUGCUGACAAGAUUCGGGAGAAGGCAGACUCCAUUGAGAGGAGGCACAAGAAGAAUCAAGACGCAGCGCAGCAGUUUCUGGGCCGUCUUCGGGACAACCGGGAGCAGCAGCAUUUCCUGCAAGAUUGUCAUGAGCUGAAGCUCUGGAUUGAUGAGAAGAUGCUGACAGCCCAGGAUGUGUCCUAUGAUGAGGCCCGCAACCUGCACACGAAGUGGCAGAAGCACCAGGCGUUCAUGGCUGAGCUGGCCGCCAACAAAGACUGGCUGGACAAGGUGGACAAGGAAGGGCAGGAGCUGACUCUCCAGAAGCCAGAGCUGAAAGCCCUGGUGUCGGAGAAACUGGGGGACCUGCACAGACGCUGGGACGAGCUGGAGACCACCACCCAAGCCAAGGCCCGCAGCCUCUUUGAUGCCAAUCGAGCUGAGCUGUUUGCCCAGAGCUGCUGUGCCCUGGAGAGCUGGCUGGAGAGCCUGCAGGCCCAGCUUCACUCAGACGACUACGGCAAGGACCUCACCAGCGUCAACAUUCUGCUCAAGAAGCAGCAGAUGCUGGAGUGGGAGAUGGCUGUGAGAGAGAAGGAGGUGGAGGCCAUCCAGGCCCAGGCCAAAGCACUGGCCCAGGAGGACCAGGGUGCAGGGGAGGUGGAGAGGACCUCGAGGGCCGUGGAGGAGAAGUUCAGGGCCUUGUGCCAGCCCAUGCGGGAACGCUGCCAGCGUCUACAGGCUUCUCGAGAGCAGCACCAGUUCCACCGGGACGUGGAAGAUGAGAUUUUGUGGGUGACAGAGCGGCUGCCCAUGGCCAGCUCCAUGGAACAUGGCAAGGACCUGCCCAGUGUCCAGCUUCUCAUGAAGAAAAACCAGACCCUGCAAAAAGAGAUUCAAGGCCAUGAGCCCCGGAUCGCGGACUUGAGGGAGCGGCAGCAUGCGCUAGGUGCAGCCGCGGCGGGCCCAGAGCUGGCUGAGCUGCAGGAAAUGUGGAAACGCCUGGGCCACGAGCUGGAACUUCGAGGGAAGCGACUCGAGGAGGCCCUGCGAGCCCAGCAGUUCUACCGCGAUGCUGCUGAGGCAGAGGCCUGGAUGGGUGAGCAGGAGUUACACAUGAUGGGCCAGGAGAAGGCCAAGGAUGAGCUGAGUGCCCAGGCAGAGGUGAAGAAGCACCAGGUGCUGGAGCAAGCCCUGGCCGACUACGCACAGACCAUCCACCAGCUGGCGGCCAGCAGCCAGGACAUGAUUGACCGCGAGCACCCAGAGAGCACGCGGAUAUCAAUCCGCCAAGCCCAGGUGGACAAGCUGUAUGCUGGCCUGAAGGAGCUAGCAGGAGAGCGGCGGGAGCGCCUGCAGGAGCACCUCCGGCUGUGCCAGCUCCGCCGCGAGUUGGAUGACCUGGAGCAGUGGAUCCAGGAGCGAGAGGUGGUGGCGGCCUCGCACGAGCUGGGCCAGGACUACGAGCAUGUAACUAUGCUCCGAGACAAAUUCCGAGAGUUCUCCCGAGACACGAGCACCAUUGGUCAGGAGCGUGUAGAUAGUGCCAAUGCUCUGGCCAAUGGGCUCAUUGCAGGGGGCCAUGCCGCACGGGCCACCGUGGCCGAGUGGAAGGACAGUCUCAACGAGGCCUGGGCUGACCUGCUUGAGUUGCUGGACACACGGGGUCAGGUGCUGGCCGCGGCGUAUGAGCUGCAGCGCUUUCUGCACGGGGCACGCCAAGCCCUGGCACGGGUGCAGCACAAGCAGCAGCAGCUUCCAGACGGGACUGGCCGUGACCUCAACGCCGCCGAGGCCCUGCAGCGCCGACACUGUGCCUAUGAGCACGACAUCCAGGCCCUCAGCGCCCAGGUCCAGCAGGUGCAGGAUGAUGGCCAUCGGCUCCAGAAGGCCUACGCUGGAGACAAGGCCGAGGAGAUCGGCCGCCACAUGCAGGCCGUAGUGGAGGCCUGGGCCCAGCUUCAGGGAAGCUCUGCCGCCCGUCGGCAGCUGCUGCUGGACACCACGGACAAGUUCCGCUUCUUCAAGGCUGUGCGGGAACUGAUGCUCUGGAUGGAUGGGGUCAACCUGCAGAUGGAUGCCCAGGAGCGGCCCCGGGAUGUGUCCUCCGCGGAUCUAGUCAUCAAGAACCAGCAAGGCAUUAAGGCAGAGAUAGAGGCCCGGGCGGAUCGCUUCUCCUCCUGUAUCAACAUGGGGAAGGAGCUGCUGGCCAGGAGUCACUAUGCAGCUGAGGAGAUCUCAGAGAAGCUGUCUCAGCUGCAGGCACGGCGCCAGGAGACAGCUGAGAAGUGGCAGGAGAAGAUGGACUGGCUUCAGCUGGUUUUGGAGGUGCUCGUGUUUGGAAGAGAUGCAGGGAUGGCAGAGGCCUGGCUGUGCAGCCAGGAGCCGCUGGUGCGCAGUGCUGAGCUGGGUUGCACGGUCGACGAAGUGGAGAGCCUCAUCAAGCGGCACGAGGCCUUCCAGAAGUCGGCAGUGGCCUGGGAGGAGCGAUUCAGUGCACUGGAGAAGCUUACCGCGCUAGAGGAGCGGGAAAAGGAGCGAAAGAGAAAGAGAGAGGAGGAGGAGCAGAGGAAACAGCCGCCUGCUCCCGAACCCACAGCCAGUGUGCCUCCAGGGAACUUGGUGGGCAGCCACACAGCUCCUGACACCACCUGGGACGGAACCCAGCCGCGGCCACCGCCAUCCACGCAAGCACCCAGUGUAAAUGGAGUCUGCACAGAUGCAGAGUCCUCACAGCCCCUGCUGGGACAACAGAGACUUGAGCAGAGCAGCUUCCCUGAAGGGCCGGGACCUGGUCCAGGGGACGAAGCCAAUGGGCCCCGGGGAGAGAGGCAGACCCGGACUCGGGGCCCGGCCCCGCCUACGAUACCCCAGAGCAGGUCCACUGAGUCAGCCCAUGCUGCCACCCUGCCACCUAGAGCCCCAGAGCCGUCUGCCCAGGAGCAGAUGGAGGGGGUGCUGUGCCGCAAGCAGGAGAUGGAGGCCUUCGGGAAGAAGGCUGCCAACAGGUCCUGGCAGAACGUGUACUGUGUCCUGCGGCGUGGGAGCCUUGGGUUUUACAAGGAUGCCAAGGCAGCCAGUGCGGGAGUGCCAUACCACGGAGAAGUGCCUGUCAGCCUGGCCAGGGCCCAGGGCAGCGUCGCCUCUGAUUACCGAAAGCGCAAACAUGUCUUCAAGCUGGGCUUACAGGAUGGAAAAGAGUAUUUAUUCCAGGCCAAGGAUGAGGCAGAGAUGAGCUCAUGGCUACGGGUGGUGAACGCAGCCAUUGCCACUGCAUCUUCUGCCUCUGGAGAGCCCGAAGAGCCAGUGGUGCCCAGUGCCACCCGGGGCAUGACACGGGCCAUGACCAUGCCCCCAGUGUCACCUGUUGGGGCUGAGGGGCCUGUUGUGCUCCGCAGCAAGGACGGCAGAGAACGAGAGCGAGAAAAACGCUUUAGCUUCUUCAAGAAGAACAAGUAGUCAGCGGGGCAAGGUCCCAGGCCAGCUCCCUCCCUCUGUUCAGGAAACUGCCAGAGACCGUCGACAGGGACCACCCUCUUGUCAGGACAACUGCCUGCUGCUAGGGUCUGUUGCCAAGGUCAGCCCAUCACCAGGAACUGUCACUGGGGACAAGUCCAUGUUCCCAAGGGCAGCCCUUUUCUUCUGCUGUUUAAUUCCAGACCAGUGGUGGAACCCAGGCAACCCCCCUCCCACCCCCGCCAACUUCUCCCUUCUUGCCCCCGCCUUGUGCCUCUGUCCUUCACCACGGUGGAGACAGUGCUGCACCCUCAACAUAGGCCAUGUGGGGAGUGGCUGCCCCACCUCAGGGUCAUUCUCCCGCCACAGGGAGGGCACGAGCCUUCUGCCUUCUGGUUCCUGCCCCUGGGACCAGCCAGGAACCUCUCAGAGAUGAAGCAGGCCCUGGGGGCAGGAGUGCCAGAUGACACUCAGAGGUGCAGGAGCCUUCCCUCCCCACCCCCACCCUCUGACUCCAGCUGCCACUCAAUCUCCAGCUGCUCUCAGUGGCUUCCAAGGUGUGUUUGGGGACAGCCACCGCCUUGAGUCUGGCCAAGGAGGUGAUUAAACAGCUCAGCUUCUCUCACUG